GUUGUUUCACGCAGGGAUACAAUGGCCAAUAAUGCAUUGACGGAUAAAGCUGGCGCUUAUGCGCUUAUACAGUGACAGUCCCGCUUUGAUUGUGUUCAUUAAAGUUUCCUUGAAAGUGAAGGAUAGGCAACACAUUAUACUCAGCGCUUUCGUCGUCUUUGUUUUUGUUUUGAACUGGAGAGUUAGGUUAGGUUUUGCAUGGGCACCUGGGAGUCAUUACCUGAGGAGGACCAAAAGAGGCCCCAUUACCUGAAGAAACAAAAUUUAAUAUUUAUUUUCAGUGAAACAGUGAGAAUUUGUUAUGGUACGUAGAAGAUUUCAAAAUAUUUAACCAGUUUCAGUAUAGUAUAUGUGUAUUGUUUUCUGCAGUGAGAAUAGCUACUAUCGUAGUGUAAUCGAGUCUGAAAUGUAAUUGACAUCAAAUGAAAAGUAAAAAAUUGUGGCAAAUUUAAUGUUCUUAUUUUGUAUUUUACACCAUGGGAAUACGAGGCUUACAAACUUUUAUUGAGAAAUUUUGUCCACCAAAUUGUUACUAUGAAGUCAGCAUUGAGCAACUUGUUGAAGACUACAAGCGACAAACAGGUGGCAAGGAGCCUGUUAUUGUCGUUGAUGGCUCAUCUUGCCUGGGUCAUAUUUACAAGGGUCUCGACUGGGUCUCUGGAGGUCAAUACAAGGAGUACAUUGAGAAACUUGGCAAGUUUGUGCACGCUUUCAAGCAAAUUGGCGUGAAGUUAGUAUUCUAUUUCGGAGGUGGCACGGUGAACCCAAAGCGAAAAGAGUGGAUCAAGCGAUGCUUUGAAAGGUUGGAAAGAGUCUACCAAAUGUUUGACCAGCUUUCUGAUGGAUUGCGCACUACAGAUUUGCAUCAGUCGCUCUUCUCUCUUCCACCUGGGGUUGGCACGCUCAGUCAGCAUUAUCUUGAGCAUAUUUUUGGCUGUGAGGUUUAUCAGUCCGUUGAUGAGACUGACACAGAAAUUGCACAUUAUGCUCGUGAGCGAAAGUGUCUAGCCAUAUUCGGCCAAGAUUCAGACUACUUAAUCUAUGAAGGUGGAACGUACUACCUUUCUGCACAGCAUUUCAAUCUUCGCACGAUGCGAACUUUCAAUUACGAUCGAAGAGGGUUUGCAGAAUAUCUAGGUCUGGAAACAUCUCAGCUUCCUCUGUUUGCUACAUUAGCAGGAAAUGACCUUGUCAGUUUUGCCGAUUUGAAGCCUUUUCACAGGUUCCUCUGCCGGAAGUAUACCGGUGGCGGCUAUGAUGUCAAUUUUAAGACUCUCUUCCCAGCUCUAGCAAGGUAUAUACAACAGUUCCCGCCUGGAGAAGCUGUCUUUCAAGCUUUGCCUCAUAUCGCUCGAGAAGCCUUGAAUGAUCCAAGGGCUGCCAAUGUUUUUGCAACGAGCAUUCGUAGCUACUUAUCCUCCACAAAGAUUGUGAAACGCACAACGGCGCCAAAUCAUCCUCAUUGGAAUGCCAUUUUGCAGCGAGCAGAAGAACUGCACAGAUCAAACUACUCUACAGCAACUGUUUUCGCCAUUGUGAAUGGCGAACCCUUCGAAACUUCCACAGCUUUUGAAGACUAUCGUGAGAGAGAUCUGCCUCCAUUUGCUCGUCUGCUGCGUCCGAUGAGGACAAGGCUCUAUGGAAUUUUGUUCCAUGAAAAGCCUUUAAAUCUGGAGCCUCAGUUUGUUCUGGAGUGGUGUAUGGAAGGGCCAAACAGUCUAAAUGAACCAACACGAAUUAAGCCUGUGCCUCCCUCUGAUCCGCAUCCUGGACUGCUUGCUCUUUGGAGUGAUGAUAGGACCCAGGACUUACAGAAUGCCCGAUGGCAGCUAUUUGCUCAUGGUAUCUCAUCGCGUUUAAAUCCAGCAAAAUUGAGGCACCUGCCUCAAAAUUUGGUGCUACCUACAGCUGUGAUGUUUUACAUUGUUGAUAACAGAAUUUUGGCUACAUGGGAAAUCGAAGCUAUGAUAGCAACAGUAGUAACUUUACCAACAGUUCCACUCGAAAGACUGGCCAGUCUCCCUUCUGAUCCUGUAGAUCUGCGUGCGGUUCGCAUAGCCACAAUUUAUAUGCGCUCAUUAUGGUCCACAAUCAUUCUCCUCAGUGCAUGUGGCUAUCCCCUUCCUCCAGCAAAGACAUUCAUCCAUCCUUACUUUGACGGUAAACUUUUCCAACAAAAGUAUCGAAAAGCAAAAGACAAGGCAACACAUGCUAUAUUAUGUGGACAUCAGGUAACCAGUAUAGAGGCAUUUCUUCAAGUCAGACAAGUCCUGUUUGAAAGUGCAGGUUAAUUUAGUACGGAUUUAUUUGUUCAUUUAUGUACUGAAGUAUGUAUAAAUAUUCACAUUGUUUUUUCUGGUACAGUUUACCUACCUCUUCAGUAGACUGUUUUUUUUUUGGGAUAGCUGGUUGUGAUGAACAGUUGUUGAAAAUUAACCUCUUUCAUUCUGAAGCCGAAUCUAUUCUAUCUGUGUUCAUAUCAAUUAUUGACCAUUCUUUUGAAAGUAAUUCCAGGAAUUUUUUUGUAUAAAUCUAUAUCUUGUUCUAUGACAUUUGUCAAGUCUUAAUCAGAUCAUUUGAAAAAGAAAAAGAUCCACAGCAAGUUCAAACAUGCCCUAAAAGAAUUGCAUGUAUUUUUGAGGUCUAAGUCCCUAAAAAGGAGGUCCGUAGUACAACUAACGAAAGCUAUUUACGAGCCAUCAGAGUUAACAAAGGCUUAAUGGAGUUUACUUUUUCUUUUCUCUGUUGAUUUGGCUUGCAGCCAUCAAGCAAGUCUUAUUCAGAAAAGAAAAUCUCUAAAAAGAGUUCUGUAACUCGGAUGGUACUCUGCCAAUGAAAGGCUUGUUGUUGAGCUGUUAAAAUCAAUUAAUACAAUUAUUCCUUUCGUAAUUUUAACAUAACUUUGAGGUACAAUGACUUCAAAAUUUGAUGAUGUAAUGUAUGCACUUGCAAAAACUUUACCUUAUUAGUGAUAUUUAUGAUCCUUAUCAUGUAUCAUGAUUUCUGUUAAAUAAAGGCGGAAGUUAUGUAAUCUGUGGAAGCCCGUAUGUAAGGAAUGUUUUUUUAAUGCUGUUUUAAUGUUUUUCCCUUUAAAAAAUGCAAAAAUUGGUCGUUCGUUAUUAUUAAAUCAAUUUGAUUCAGUUGUCCUAAGUACCUACAUUUAUGCUAGCUCUAAAAAACAUAUUUACUUUUAAUGCUAAAUUAAGUCCCUUGAAAAUACUUACGUAUCUAUUUAUUUCCUGUGGAUUCAAUCUUUAGAAAAUGGUUCUAAUAAAAUUCAAAAACAUCGUAAUGAGAAACAAGUUUAAUAUUUAUUGAUACCUAAUGCAUGGCUUUCAAGUCUCAAAGAAUCUAUUAACGUGAGAUGUAUGAACAAUUCAUUACCAAAGGCUUUGUAUUUCACCUUCAGAUCAGUGCAUAUUUUGUGCAAGCUAAGGAAAAAUUUGACUCAACCAAUGUUUUGCAGGGAAGAAAAAAAAACCUGAGGCAGUUUUACCUAAAGAAUUUACAUGUGUACAUGAUAAUGUACUUCAUGUUAGUCACUCCCAAUGUUUUAACUUCCUUUUACUGUGAAAUUGAAUCUAUAAAAUUGGCACAACAAAAUAUAUGUACCAGUUCAUCAGUUGUCUUGCUCAGAAAUGGUGUUGGAUUAUACAUUUAAAAAAAAUAUGAAGGUUCAGAGCCUACCAUCAAAUCCCAAGUUUCAUAACAAGUAUUCUAUCCCUGGGUAGGCUUAUUUGGACUGGGGAUACUAAUCUGAGUAAUGUCAAUAGGCUGAAUUUUCAACUGUGAUACUAUUCCUAUUUUUAAAAAAUAAUUCUGUCAGGUAGCCCUCAAUAUUUUUAAUCUAACGCUUAGUGAAAAAAAAAAGAAAUACUCCCACAAUCAUUUUCUAUUUUCUGUUGUAAAGAAUAUUAACCUCUUAUGUGGACUGUUUAAUUAAGCCAUCCUACAAUUUAUAAUUCUUAUUUUAAAAUUUUUAUACCUGUUUAUAAAAUGUUUGAGUAAUGCUAUCUUUGAUUAUCCUAGCAAUUAGGCUGGGUGGUGUUGUAAAUUCUUAAUACAGGGAGGUGAGGUUCUCUCUUGCUUAAAAAAUGAAAAAUAUUAAAAAAGAGGAAUGUUCUCAUUAUUUUUGGUCAAAGACUUAGAGUAGCUGAUGAAAUUUAUUACCUACAUUUUUUUUUGUAAGUAAGUUGAAGACUUGAAAAGACAGCUCCAGAUCUAUACCAAUUAUAAUAUAUUUAUUUUUCUAUUUAUUUUUCUUUGCUAGCAUUAAAAUAUUAUAGAACAUGUGAUUUUUCCAUUUUUUCCUGGCAAUUUAAUGACAGUAAAUUUCAGUUUGUCGGAAACUAUGCAGGAAUCAGACAUUCAAGCCCUAAAUCAAUUUUGCAUUUAGAAUGAAGUGACUCAUGUUGUGUCUAAUUUUAGCCACAAUUACUAUAUUUUAAGGGUUAAAUGAAACAUUGGUUGCCUUUUAAAAUCAUUAUUACAAUUUAUUUGUAAUCUCUUGAAUAUAACUAUGAUAACUAAAGAUUAAGUAAGUCUUUAAACCUUUUGUAAUUGAAAGCUGUCUGAAAGUAAUGUCAUGUUGAUUUUCCUCAGUUUUUGAAGACACUUUUUUUCUAUUCCUGUCCCUAAAAUUAAAAGAUCGGUCCACCAAUGACAUUUUUUCUAAGUACUUUGAAUCCUCUUUCCUUUUAUCUGUCACUAACUACUUGUAGAUGUUUUACUUUGUGAGCGUUGCUCAUAAUUUCUGUUUCUUUUAUGUACUGAUUUUUUAUAAUUUUUAUUUUUUUCUGAGGUCAGUCAUUUUUAAUGGUAUUAGCCACUAUUUAGUUUCAUUUAUAAUAGAGCUCCUGCAUAGAAGGGGUAGGUAUUUGAUUUAACUAUAAUUAUCGCUUUGUCAAAUGUCACAAGAAAAAUAAUACUGCUACUAGUUUUGUCUGAGAUGAACCCUCAUACUCAUAAGGAUCGCUCAUCACAGAUUGAAUUGGUGGUCCAAAGCAAUACUAUGUGAGAGUGUGCUUCAGUUUUUGGAUUUGGUCUAAUAUUUUCUAUUUACUUUUUAAUCUUUUAUAUGACUUGACACUUCAGACAGGGUUAUGUGGGAUCUCCAAAUGUUUAGUAGGUCAUUUUUGUCUAAAAUUAUGGCAAUCCUGCUAUUUUAUUGAGUCAUAUUUCUCAAAGAAUUUGACCGAUUACAAAAUCUGAUUCUUCUAUUGCUACUCAGUUCUUUCACUAUCAUUACAGCCUCAAUCUUGAAAGCUGUCAUGAAUGUGAGAAUUAAUUUCAAAUGAAAAUCAUUAGGAGCACCAUCGUUUUUUUGUCUGAUACUUUUUUCAACAACUUUGCAAUAGGUAUAUCCCUUUUUUUUUCUUUUUAAAAAAUAAAAUGGGGGUUGAUUUCAUCAUUUUCAUCCCUUCCGUUCUUGUAUAUCAAACGAAAGUCAAUCUACCUGCGGAUAAAAAUUCUUAUAAUCUCAAGUUUAGCAUGUUCAGGGGCGGCUCAAGUAUUUCUUAAGGCAUUUUGUUUGCCCCCUCUCCACCGUGGUAAGACCGAGUAAAACAACGUAAUGGUAUCUACUUGAAUGAUGGCGUAGGUAUUUUGUAAAUUUCAAUUUUGUAUACCUCGAAUUUUGUUUUGUUCAAAUUAUAUGUUUCUAUUUUGUUUAA